ACGAGAAUGUUUUCUGCACCUACGCUUUCUGCAGGAUGGCCAGCAUCCGUGCUACUGUCUAAAGCGGCAUCUUACCUUACACAAGCAGCUUCUGAUGCAUUGAUGAAAACUGAGUCCGAUGGUGUAUCACUACUUGAGUAUGGCCCAGUUGAGGGUCUUUCAACUUUUCGUGAAGUGCUGGCUGCGUACCUCAGCAAAGAAUACCAAGACGAUGUGCACGUGGACAGUCAUUCGUACUAUAUUUUUAAUCGCAAUGACUUGUUCAUAACAUGUGGAGCCACAUAUGGACUGUACUUGCUUGCUACACUGUUCUUCCACUCGGGUGACAUGGUUUUUAUGGAAGAGGCAUCAUACCAUCGAGUUGCAACUAUUCUAGGAGAUGAGCUCAAAUUGCAAGUUAUUCCUGUAUCUAUGGAUAAAUGUGGCAUUUUAACUGAAGAUCUCAAAAAGGUUGUUGAAAAGACUCUAUCAACUGUUCCAAGAAAACCUGCUUCCUCAUUGCAAUCGUUUAGAGCAAUGCUAUAUCUUAUACCAAUUUUUCACAACCCAACUGGAAUUUGCUUGUCUCAUGAACGUUGCCGUGAAGUAAUUGAUAUUGCCAGGAAAAAUGACCUCUUAGUUGUUUGCGAUGAUGUUUACAAUUUAUUGAGUUACACAGAUGAGAAGUAUCCACGUUUGUUUUCAUAUGACAAAAAAGAUGAUCCGGACUACCAGGGAAAUGUUGUUUCUGUUGGUACUUUUUCAAAAAUAUUUGGUCCAGGAAUUCGUGUUGGAUGGUUGGAAGGCCCUCAAUGUGUUCUCAGCUAUCUCAAGACUUGGUCAGCUUGCUGUCAACGUAGUAAUAAUUUAAGUUUGUUUUUGCUUGAAUUUUUAAAUGUGCAUGUGUACACACAGUGCAGUCUCUCUUCAAGCGGAUCCCCGAAUCAUUGUAUGUCAGGAAUUCUGGAAAGAGCUAUAGGACUCGGCUUACAGCAUCAGCUUCUGACUGAAGCGAGAGCAUUUUAUAAAAGAAACAUGUCUGCAAUGUGUCAAGUACUUGAGAAGUCACUUCCACCAUCAGUGAAGUUUACAAAACCCAAGGGUGGAUAUUUCGUAUGGAUAACAAUGCCAAAACAUGUUUGUGCAGAAGAUGUUGUUCAACUCUGUGACAAGGAGUAUGGCGUUGUAGUAAAUGCUGGACACAUAUUGGUUUUAAUUCUUACUCAUCCGUGCUGGUUUUAGUUUGAUGAUUUAUUGUAUUAAUAUUUUUUUUCUAGAUUUAGUUGCCGCGGUGGUGCAUUUACUAAUUGCUUGAGGCUCUCGUUCAGCUGUUUGCAAGAAGAUGAAUUGAUUGAGCAAACAACUAAACUCACAAGAGCGAUCUGCACAGUUCUGAAACAAUCAGUCUAACUCCAAACUCAGUGAUGAACAAAAUGUAUUUAGGUUAUAAACUGGUUAAUUAAAAACCUA